AAGUUCCUAAUCUUUUUUUAAAGUAAAGAUAUAUCUAUCAGACAUAUCGGGUUAAAGUAUUUCACGAUAUUUGUUUUAUGUCAUUUGGUUUUUAUGAUCUAGAUUGUAGAAUUUGGCCGAAUUUUUUCUUUUAUAGAUAGUCGCCCUAAAGUUGCGUUUGCGUGCUUUUUGUUAUGAAACUCAUGAAUUUGAAAACAUUUAUACUACUUUUUGUGUACUGCUUUGCCGAUGCUUUGCAAUGUCCACCUCGUGAAAACAUUACUCCCUGUAUGUGUCUUGAACAAAAUAAUAAUCUUCACAUGCACUGUUCUAUUAUAUUGUCGGUGACUCAGUUGCAAUCCGCGGUUCAAGGUAUGCGAGGUUACAAAUUCACAACUUUCAAUAUUGACAAAUCUAAUUUCGAAUACAUCCCAUCUACCAUAUUUGAAGAUAUUUCCAUUGAGAAACUAACCAUAUCGAAAUCGAACUUUUCACGAAUUGCCAACCUUCUUGAGCCUCAGUUCAAAGGUCUGGAAAAUUCUUUAAAAACUUUAGUAUUUAUUGAAACAUUCAGUGAAAAAGAACCUUUGCCUUAUCUUGCUUUGGAGCAUUUAUCAAAACUUCAGACACUGGAAUUCCGUAAAAGCUAUGUUGGAACUGUGCACAAUUUGUGGUUUAAAGAAGGACCAUCAUCUCUAAGAGAUGUCCGAUUUGUUGAAUCGCAUCUGCAAAAUGUCGGAUAUACAGCUUUCCAGUCUUUAAAGAAUUUGAGAAUCAUCGACUUGUCAGACAACCAGAUUGAUUACGUGGCGAGAGCUUCGUUUCCUGAUCCAGCUUCGCAUUUGGAAGAAAUAAAUUUGCAGAGAAAUGCUUUAACAUGUUUAGAGGAAGACACUUUCAAAGAUAUGCCAAAGUUGAGUCGGGUAAACCUUGAACUGAACGAAAUUUCUACCCUUGAUGAAAAGGUCUGGAGCUCUGUUUGGAGUCAUCUCCAAUAUUUACAGAUUGAUUGUAAGUUUGUAUUUUUUUAUUUUUCCUUUAAUUCAUAUGUAAUUCAUAUUUUUCUUUAAGACAAAGCGCAAUCGAGUCAUCAGUAAUGACAAAAUCAACUCACUAGAGUGUUUUAGUAUAAUACUGUUUCAUGAAGUGUUCUGUUAAGUAAUUUACAAAAUUUUUAACGAAGU